AUGUUUGAUUGCGCUGUUACACUAAUUGGAACAAAUGGAGCUCCUGAUGUUAGUGAAUCACUAUCCAAAAUUGGGAUUGAGCAGCCUGCUAUUUUUCUUUCAGCUGCAUAUGCAUUCUUAAUGCAGCAUAGCAAGCUCGCUGGACGGAGUCGAGCUUUUGUAUUAUCUGUAGUGAAUCAGGUUCUUGAAAACAUUCAGAUCCCCGAAGCGCUAGAAGAGCAACAGGCUCUGUUGAUUGUAAAUCUGGCCACGCAGGAGAUGACUUUGUCGAAAGAAGGCGAUGAUUGGCCUGAAGUUGCUUGCAAAGUUCUGGUCACAUUGGCAAAAAAAAGUCGAUUCGUUGGACAUGUGAUGAAUGCUUUACUACAGAAGUUUCCACCAGGACAAACGUCAUCUCCUCAUCGAUUUAUCGUUUUAGCUUUAGCAUAUGUUGCAGAACAUAAUGCAGUUGGAUUUGUACCAUUUUUGACGGAUGUGCUGUCACGUACAGUCUCAGUUUUACCUCAUGUCAAAUUAGACAGUUAUCGAUAUGCAUGGGCAUAUGCUUUGCGGGCAUUUUGUGAAUCAGUUCGUGAAUACGUUUCAACAUCAACAACAAUGAAAAAUGAAUAUCUCUGUAGCACGGGAGAUAUUGGUAAUGAAACACAGCAGGACUUUGAUACUUGUGGUGAACCAGAAAUUGUGCAGAAAAACUAUGCCGAUCAAAUGGAAUUGGCUUACGAUUCAGUUUAUAAUUGGCUGAGUGCUAAAGAUAUAAAGGUUCGAGCCGAAGCUGCGAAUUGCAUCGGAGAAUUGUGUUUAAUGAUUCCACCGAAACGUUUUGCAGAUGAGUUAAGAAGAGUUCUGCCGGCAAUGCUAAACUUGCAUAGAAAAAUUACAGUUGAUCAGCACCUUGUGACUCAAGGCUUGUGUCGUUUUCUUGAAUCCGCUUGCGCAGACGAAAGUUGUCCUUUAGAUGCAUAUUUAGAAGAUAUUUUGAAUUCUUUAUUUCCAUUGGUACAUUCUGUUGCUGAACAGACUGUUGCUUCGAAUGUAACUAUGCGUAAUCAGAAUGAAGCAUUUCGUUGCUUUCAUGUUGCUGCUACACGUUUUGCUGAUAAAAUUGUGUACUAUUUGCUGCAUAAAAUGCAAAGUAUUCAAGAGAGUUCUAAAUUGGGUGCUAUCAAUGUUUUGAGACAUCUGCUUAAUUCAGCUGGUCCAUAUAUUGAGGAUAAGCGUUCUUUGGUAAUUCUGGGUUUGAAACCAGUGUUACUUUCUGGAAGUGAGAGUUCGUUAAGUAUCCGAGUAAAAAAAGCCAUGUGUCAGUUAUGUGUAGCAUUAGCUGAUCAUGAGUACAUAGAUGUCGAAGGUGGCAAUAAUGUAAUUGUAUUUCUCGUGAAAAAUCUCAUUGCUCAGGAAGGUGAAACAUCAAAAAGGGCUUUAUUUUCAUCAGAAAUAGAAGCUACGGAUGGAACAGCACAUUUACGAGCUCAGUGUGGGCAAGCUCUGCAAACAAUAGCAAAAACAUGUGCAACAGCCCAUAGUUUACUUUGGCCAUACCUCUUCGAAUACAUUUGCAUUCAAGAAUAUAACAUCGCAUUAGCAGAUAUUUUAAAGUGCAUACGAAUUCUUGCUGAGCGGACCAUGAAAACAGAUGGAGACCUUGAUUUUCAAAAGGGCUUCGAUAGCCCACGAGUAGCUGGAAAUCUUCAAGUAUUCUCUCGUCUUAUCACUUGUACAAAUAAUGCUCCACUGAAUAUUGUGUUUGCAAAACGAGCUACAGAAGCUCUGCAUCUAUUAAUUCUUUUUGCAUCGUGGUUUCACAGUUCAUUGCGAGAUAUCUUGAAGAAGCGUUGCAUUGAUAUUUCUUUAAUUUCAGAUCUUUCAUCACCAGGAACACUUAUGAACAAUGUAAUAGAAAAAGAGGACGGCGAUGUUUGCGAGCUUCGUCUUGCACGCGUUGCUCGUUGGCAUGCUCACGUACUUGAUUUGUUGGAACACUGUAUAAAAAAUGUGAACGAUGGUGAGUGGCGGUGUGCACUUGCAGCUGCUAUGGCAAAACAAUUUGAUUUAUAUAAUGAUGCUCCGGAAGAGAAAGCAUUUUUAAUGAGGUGUCUUGGUGGUACCUUAGCAUUAUCAAUAAACACAAGCUUUGUUGUUGAUCAUCUUGUGUUACUUUUCCGUUCAACGUCGCAUGCACAGCAAGCUGAGCGUAUUGGUUGUGCUCAAGGAAUUGGUUAUUGCGCCAUUACUCAUACUGAUUUGGAUGCAAUACCCUACAAGCAGUAUAGUGACCAAGAAAUGGUCAAUUUACGGGCUACUAUCAUGCUUAGUUACGGUUAUGUGGUUUAUUAUUGUCCUAAAGAUGUUGUCACCCAACGACUUGAGCAAACAGUGCUCGUAUUUUUGCGACGAUAUAUGGAGAAUUCAAAGCAGGAAACUGUUGUUCGUGAAGCGAUAUUAGAAACCAUAUAUUUGAUCGCAAUGUCGGUGAAUCCUGUACAUCUUAUGACAGAUUAUCGCUUCGAACAUCGAACUAUGCUUCUCAACCAUAUUAGUAACUAUAUCGAAUGCGAAUCUCCAGAAACUUUGUCUAAUUCAAUAAGAUUACUUGCUGGUAAAGCAGUUGCUGCACUAGUAGCACUCGAACCAGUCAUUUCUGAUAAUGAAAUUUGGCGGAUUGGUUAUGUACUAACAAACUACACUUUCCCUCUGUGUCGUGAACGUAGUGGUUUGAAAACGAUUGACGAUGAUGAAAGUUCAACAAUGAUGGAAGCUACGGUAAACCAGUACCAUGCAACUACUGAGCAGAUACUGAAGAAAAAAGCAACUAUUGGAACUGUAACACACUUACUAAAACUUUUUCAACCCUAUUAUGCUUCUCUGGCAGAUCACGAACGCCUGCGAGCUGUUGAUGCUACUUUACGUUCUCUUACUGUUUACUUCGAGCAUGGAUCAGAUUUUUCAUUGGGUCAUGCAAGUGAAUUUGAUCCCAUGUCAUCAUUACUUGCUCGACUCGUGCCACGAAUUGCUGAUUCCUUAUGUGCUGUUCGACAUGUUGCAUUGCGUGCUGUAUAUUGGACAUUUCGCUUAGCUCACAUACAUAAAGGUCUCUCUCGUGAUAAUAUCGAUAGUAAUUUAUUUGAUCCGUCUAUCUUCAUAAAGAAAUAUCUUGGUGAUGAAGGGAAACUAGAAGGGAUGCUUUCACGAAAGGCAGUUAAAGUGAUGGCUGAUUUUGUCAACAGCCGAUUACCCCAAUCUCAAAUACAAACAUAUUUGUCUGGUUUAUUUGGUAUGCUUAAUGAUCGUCAAAGUCAAGUCAGUUCAGCGGCUGCUCAGUUACUUACCAGUAUGCUUACACAUCGAGGUGAUACUUUAUCUGCUGAGGCUGAUACCUUAGUCACAACAUUACUGAAUAAAUUACCAGAUGUACAUCCAUUCGUUCAAACAUACACUGAUUUAUUGGCUGCUUUAAUAGCGUUUGCACACCACCAGCUUUAUACAUGUAUCGAUGUUAUGCUCAGCAGACCGCUGCCUUACUCCGUUUCUAUGAUUGAUGCUUGGCAUACAAUGUCGCAUGACCAUUUGUUGUUUCCACUUAUCGCUGAUUACUUACUGGUAUUGAUAACUACUAAAUGUGAUUCAGUCGAAACAUCUGAGUUGCCAUUUGAAAUUUUGGAUAUUGGUGCUGGGUCUUCGGUCAAAGUUGUCAAACCCGCAGUUUGUGCUUUAGCCGCAGCCAUUACUGAAAUAAUAAAAGCUGGUGAACCAGAAAUAGAACUAACUAAGCGAAUUCCAAAUAUUUUGGCUACACUAUUGCAAUUUCUUGCAUCUGUUGUAGAUACUCAAUAUCCGGUAAUAGUGAAAGAUAGAGAUGGAGUAAAACCGAUGAUAGUUACCCCCGAGCUGCGCCGAUUAUUAUCAACACCAGCAGCUUUAGCGUCUAAUGCUUUACGAAGUUUAUUUCUUCGAACGUUAGAUGAUGCCAUUAUUGAAAACAUGAAUUCAGAGCGAGCAUGGAGUGACUGCGUUGAUACUUUGCAUUUCACAAAUGGCAUAGCAGUUUUGAGUCGUUCAUUAAGCGAACAUCGUCCAGAAUGGAUAAGGCCACUUGUGAAAUUGAUGAUACCGCAAAUGAAGGCUUCCAGUGAUGCAUAUCGUAUAGCUGCUGCAGCAGUUUUGUCUGCUUUAACGAAACGAUGUCCAAAUGAAGAGGGGGAAACCGAUAAUAGGCUUUUUGAUGCUCUUAUUUCAGCUUUAAUGAAAUCACUCGACGAUCCUAAUUUGAAAAUCAAAAAAUUAGCUGUGCGUGGGCUUGGAAAUCUAGCAUGCUGUACUGAUUCCAUUUUGAACAAAUACUCGUCAGAUGCAAUACAAGCUGCAAUGUUGGGAUUGGACGAUAGUGGUGAUCGCCGAGAUGAGAUUGCAAUGGAAGCUGUUAAUGCAUUGAAUAAGCUCUCUACUCGAGUUUCCAAUUCACAUUUGGAAAAUAUAUUGUCGACUGUACUGCUAAAAUUGCGGCCUUGUUUUGAGAAGGAAAGUAGUGCGUUACGAGCAGUGUCAUUUAGCUUAUUUGGUGAGCUCGGUCAGCGUGUUGGUAAUUUAGAAGCAUUUCGUGAACAUUUGCUAACAAAUGUCGUUUCUAUUGUUUUGCAUUUGAAUGAUGAGGAGGAUCAGGUCAAACAGAUGUGUGCAAGAUGUCUUGUGUCGGUAAGCUCUCUUUUACAUUCAGAUUCUUUGGCAUCGCUAAUACAUCGAGAAUUCAAAGACGACGAAAAAUGUCGUAAUUAUCGGCAGUUUUUAAAAGAAUUCAGCGCAAUACUUGCUUUUUCGUUUCCUGAUCGCAUAAACUACUAUGCACUAAACUGUAAUAAUUAUUUCAAAAGCACAUCUUCUCGAAUUCGUGCUAAUGCAGCUUAUAUGACAGGAUAUCUGCUAGGGGAUUUAACACCAGAACUACGAAGUACUGUAUCAAAAGAAUUGAUCUUCGCAGGAUUAAUGUUAUUAUUGAAAGAUCACGAUGUUGAUGUUCGUUUAUCAACUGCUCGAGCCAUAUCUUGUUUACAUCGUUAUGUGUAA